AUGCCCUUCCCACGCGCGCGACCCGCCCUCCCAGCGCGAAGAUUCUCCUCCGCGCCCCCCUCCCCCCCCAAUAACCCAACCGCGCACUUUUACAGGACCUUCGGGCGGCCGGUCGCCAAGGCGCUCCUCCUGGCCGUUUUCGCGUACCAGCUCGGGUACUGGGGGUGGGCGAAGCUCGAGGCCGACGAGCGGCGCGGCGCGGCAGACGCGGAGAUGGCGGAUUUGGAGGCGAGGGUGAGGGCGGUGGCGGCGCGCAAGGCGGCGGCUGGGACGGGGGAGUGA